UAGCUAAACUAUUUCAGAGAAAAUUUUAUUAAAAAUGACCAGUAAUGAAGACGACAUAUUUCACGACAUUAUAAUGUCUGAAGAGAGGUUCCACCAAGAGGGUUACAGUGCUGGACUGAGUGUAGGCAGAGAAAGAGGUUGUCAAGAGGGAUGCAAGCUUGGCUGGGAGAAAGGUGCCGCUAUUGGCUCAGAGAUUGGAUUUUAUUCUGGUUUUUCUGGAAUUCUUCUUGAGAAAUUUAAAGAUGAUGACAAGAAACAAAGAGUUUGCAAGGUUUUACAGGGUGUGAUAAAACUCAUUGAAGAGCUUCCUUUAUUUGAUCCCACCAAUGAGGAACUGUUUGACAAACUGGAGAAAAUCAGGGCCAAAAUAAAACAGGUAAAUUCUUUAUUACCAAUCAACAUAGAAUUCCAAGGAGCCAAACAAGACGUGAAAGGAAUUUCAUUCUAAAAUUAAAAAGGAAAACAAAACAGUCCUUGAUGAUCUUUUUCACUGUCUCCUCCUUCAACUUGGUAGGAAAAGAUUAUAAACCUAGAAGACAUGAAGAGACAUUGGAUCGACCAGCAGUGUUAUGCCACCAUGAAGGGCUCUAGGAUUAGUGCAGAAAAAUAUUCCAUAUGAAACAAUUGAUUUUAGAGAUGACGUGCAUGUCACCAGCAUAAAGUGAUAGGAAGAAUAGUUCAGACUCAUUUAUCAGUUGUCAAACAUGCUACAUAAAGAUUAACAUGCAGAAGUAAUGAAGUAAAAGUCAAAUAAAA